AUGAGGAAGCAGAGCGUGCGCACCGCCGCUCUCAUCCUGUGCAUUCUGUCCUACCUGCUGGUGGGCGCUGCCGUCUUCGACGCGCUCGAGUCGGAGGCGGAGAGCGGCCGCAAGCGCCUGCUGGCCCAGAAGCGGAGCGAGUUGCGGAGGAAGUACGGCUUCUCCACGGAAGACUACCGCGAGCUGGAGCGCCUGGCGCUGCAAGCCGAGCCGCACCGCGCCGGCCGCCAGUGGAAGUUCGCCGGCUCCUUCUACUUCGCCAUCACCGUCAUCACCACCAUCGGGUACGGCCACGCCGCUCCGGGCACAGACUCAGGCAAGGUCUUCUGCAUGUUCUAUGCGCUCCUGGGCAUCCCCCUGACGCUGGUCACCUUCCAGAGCCUGGGUGAGCGGCUGAAUGCGCUGGUGCGGCGCCUCCUGCUGGCAGCCAAGCGCUGCCUGGGCUUGCGGCGGCCGCACGUGUCCACCGAGAACAUGGUCGUGGCCGGGCUGCUGGGGUGCGCGGCCAUUCUGGCCCUCGGGGCUGCCGCCUUCGCGCACUUCGAGGGCUGGACCUUCUUCCACGCCUACUACUACUGCUUCAUCACCCUCACUACCAUCGGCUUCGGCGACUUCGUGGCGCUGCAGAGAGACGAGGCGCUACAGAGGAAGCCGCCCUACGUGGCCUUCAGCUUCCUCUACAUCCUCCUGGGGCUCACGGUCAUCGGCGCCUUCCUCAACCUCGUGGUCCUGCGCUUCCUGGCGGCCAGCGCAGAGGCGCCCGAGCGCAGUGCUCGCCAGCUCCGCCGGGGGGCGCCCGAGAGCUGCGGCCCCGCCCUGCCCCGCCGCCCCGCCCACCCUGCCGGCUCCACCCCCGCCUUCUUUCGCGUCCAUCAGCUGGAGUUGUGGGUCCGCGACAAUCUGGGCUUCUCGCCCCCGGCGAGCCCUGGGGUACGGGGAGGCGGCAGCGGGGCAGGCAGGCCCCCUGCGCGGCGUAAGUCCAUCUGACAGCCCAACCCCGGCCAGGGGGCGAUUUUAGAACCGAAGGGUCUGGAUCCACCUGUCAGCGACCCCUCCCCAGUGUCUAGAGAGGGGCGAGGGGCUCUGGCUUCAAUGUGGUCCUCUGCCGCCAGUAGUUUCUCAUUCCCUUCUGCGGCAAGCCCCUCCCUCUGCUCCAAAAAUAUAUUAAAGUCGCAUCA